UACGUAAACUGUACAUUCGUUGACACAUGGAGCCAUCGAUAGUGAACUAAUAAUUCUGUACAAAUGUCCGAUUGUACCUAAUCGACUGACGUCAACGGCAUCUGAGCGAGUUGAUUCAGUGAAUUCGUUGAACAGAUGAGAUCAAACAAUGAAGUGUAAUGUGAUGUUAUUUAUCGUAUUUCUAUUUUAUGUAAAAUUAAUUCCCGCUGCGUGUAAUUUAAAUUUGAAUUUGGGAUCCGAUCACGUUGUUUGGACCGUUAAAAAUAAAAAUGGAUCUAUAUCGAUACCAGCCACAGUUCCUGGUGGCAUCUAUUCGGACUUGCAUAAAGCAGGCGUAAUUGGCGAUAUCCUGGCUGGCUUCAAUGAUGUUUUGACGAGAUGGGUAGCUUACGACACAUGGACCUACACUGGAUUGUUUCACGUAACCGAAGAGCAAUUAACAACAAAUGUAGCACAUCUGGUCUUCCACGGGCUGGAUACUGUUGCGUUCAUUGAGUUGAACGAUGCUCCUGUCGGCGCUGCAAAUAAUAUGUUCGUCAGAUAUGUUUUCGAUGUGAAAAAACAUUUGAAGGUAGGCGUAAACGAAUUGAAAGUAGUUUUUCAAUCUCCCGUGGAAGCGGCGAAACAGCGUUCUGAUAAACAUUUCACGCUCCCAGCGUGUGUGCCUGAUAUCUACAACGGAGAAUGUCACGCCAACCAGCUUCGAAAGAUGCAAGCUUCAUUCGCCUGGGACUGGGGACCAGCUUUCCCAUCAGUUGGAAUUUGGAAACCAGCUGAAGUAGAAUUUUACAACGGAUCUAUUAUAAGAUCUGUAUCAACGUACGCUGAAAGAAAAAAUGGUAAAUGGAAACUAAAUAUUAAAGCUUACUUGGAAUCCAGUCAAGAGUAUAAACAAAUUGAUGGAUAUUUAAGCGCGAAACUAUUGCUUGAAGGAAAUCAAGAUGUUAAAGUCGGAAAAGAUGUAAAUGUUUCAACUAGAGAGGAUGGGAUGGCGGAAGUUGAACUUAAUAUUACUAUAAGUGAGAAUGUUGUAAGACUCUGGUGGCCAAAUGGGUACGGAGACCAACCGCUGUAUGAUUUAUUUGUCUUUUUCUCGACACGAGGCAACAAAAAUGAAAUAUCCCAAAAACAUUUACGUAUUGGUUUCCGGACUAUAGUGCUUAUUCAAAUUGAUGCCUCUACUAAACUGGGUAAUACAACGGGUGGUCAAGGGCUUGUCUUUUAUUUUGAAAUUAAUGGUUACCCAUUAUUCUUGAAAGGAUCAAACUGGAUACCAGCUGACAUUUUACCUGAAUUAGGAUAUAACGAAACGACUGUGAACGGACUGCUGACUGCAGCACGAGAUGCUCAUAUGUCGAUGCUGCGCGUGUGGGGUGGUGGACUAUACGAAUCAGAUUAUUUCUACGAGAGAUGUGACCAACUUGGAAUUUUAAUUUGGCAAGAUUUUCUUUUUGCCUGCGCCAUGUAUCCAGUUGAUACUGAAUUUCUCGAAAGCGUAAAAACUGAAGUGGAGCAAAAUAUUCUUCGACUUCAGCAUCAUCCAUCUAUAGCUGUCUGGGCUGGUAAUAAUGAGAAUGAAGGAGCAUUACGUGGUAACUGGUACGACACCCAACCACAAUUCGAAAAAUAUAAGGAGGAAUAUAUUAAACUUUAUGUAGAAACAAUGAGACCGAUUGUUGAAAAUUUAGACUUGGAUAAUAGAGAAUAUUUGGUAUCUAGUCCAUCUAAUGGGUUAGAAUCUGAACUAGAAGGAUACAUCGCCCAAAACCCAUCUGAUCCUCAUUAUGGUGAUGUUCAUUAUUACAAUUACUUAGCAGAUAACUGGGAUAUGAAUAUCUAUCCAAAGACGAGGUUUGGUUCCGAAUAUGGCUUUCAGUCUUGGCCAUCACUCGCUACCACAAAGACCGCCACACAAGAUCCCAAUGAUUUAAGAUUGGACAGUGAAUAUUCGAAACAUCGGCAGCACAAUCCAAAUGGGAAUGAUUACAUCGUACAACAAAUAGAUCGGCAUUUGAAGCUCGACCAAAAUGAUACGAACUAUUAUGAAAAAUUCGUCUUUUACAGUCAGAUAACACAAGCAAUGGCUAUGAAAGCAGAAUCUGAGUAUUAUCGGCAAAACCAGUACGAAUGGUACACAAUGGGUGCUUUGUAUUGGCAAUUAAAUGAUGUAUGGCAAGCUCCAUCAUGGUCAGGAAUAGAAUAUGGUGGCAAAUGGAAAAUGUUGCAUUACUAUGCCAAGUGGUUCUUUGCACCUGUGUUAGUUUCUCCUAGAUUACUUCUAACAGGUGAUGUGGAUGUGUAUCUGCUUAAUGAUAGAUUUGUGCCAAUAAUAGAUGCACAGGUCAUAGUGGACGUAUUCAAUUGGAACAGCUUAAUACCUGUUAAAUCUCAAAGUUAUCCAGCGAAUGCGCCAGCACUGAGCUCUAAUAAACAAAAUUUCUCGUUAUCAAUGUGGGAUAUUAACAGGGAUGAGAUAUUCUUGAGGUUCACGUUGAAAGCCGAGGGAGUCUCUUCAUCACCAUAUAAUUUUAUCUUUCCCAAACCUUUGAAAUCAGUUAAAGGUUUAACGACUCCAAGUAUAAAGAUCAAAGUAUCUAAUCCUACGGACAGAUUGUCUGGAAAACAAAUCUAUUAUCCUGUAGACGUGCAAGUGAAUACAGUUGUACUGUUUUUGUGGCUUGAAACAGCCGGUAUAGAGGGACAAUUUGAAGACAAUGGUUUUAUAGUAACGAAUCCAUAUAUUAGAACUUAUUUCAUAACUAAGAAGAGAAUUUCAUCUGAAAAAUUGGAACGUACCAUUACUCAUCAAUAUUAUAUCCAUUGAUUUUCUAUUGUUUAAAUAUAAGAAAGAAGAAAGAAAGAUUUAAAUAAAUUUAAAAUUUAAAGAACAAAAUUAAAUGUGAAAUAAAAUUAUUGGAUACGGAGGAUUAAUACCUUAGUUCUCGAAAUGACAUUGCAAUAUAUGAAGGGUAUCAGGGGUGUCACAGUGUAUUUUCUGGUGUCCAUGGUCUCUAUUGCUUCAUUUCAUAUCCAAAAAACUCGGUGUGCUUAAUAGAGCGAAGCAUUAUUUCACGCCGGAUCAGUGAUUACUGCUCUACAAAUCGCAAAUCCAGUCCCACAUGGAGUAUUGCUGUCACUUAUGGACGGGAGCACCUAACGUAUAACAUAAGAUACCAGCUUGAACCCUUCGAUUCAGUGCAACGACGAGUUUUGCUAGUAGUUGCCAUGCUUGGCAGGCGGGUUGCCAACUGCAGUUAGCCUUUGAUGUUUUAAGAGAGACGCUGCUGUCAAUCCCUCGACUAUUAAGUUUCCUUAGUCGCCUCUUACGACACCCACAGAAAAGGAAGACCAAAUAGGUACAGGUUAUUUUAUCUUGUAUCAAUGUAUGUACGGUACAUUCAGCUUGUGAAUCAAUUCUCUCUGUACCGGUUUUUUUUUUCUUUUAUUAUAGUGUCAUUGGAGUUACCUACCUGUUUUUAUAUUAAAAUACCUAAAUUUACAUUCAGUUAUGUUAUCUUUAUCUAUAGAGUACUUACAUAAUAUAUAGUAACUAAGAGCCACAA